GAAAAAACGGCAAUAGCUUUGAACGCUAGACAUCGGUAGUGACAGCAGACGUGAAUCCGGCUGGCAUGUCUCACAGUUCGAAAACGGCCCUGAUUUCGGGCGAUUAAAUGGAAUUGACUUCCACCCAUUUUGAACUGCAUCGAAAGAGUCCUGCUCAGUCUUCUGACCGUAGCUGAAGCCCGCAUUUUGCCGAGUUUUGCAGCGCUUGAAAGACAAGCGCAUUCGUAUGCUAGCUAGCAUAUGGUCUGAUUGGCUCCUAAAUUCUCCAAAACGGAGGAGAGCACAAACAUGCGCUCUUUUUUAAGGUGCCACAACACGGCGGCUGGUCUUACUUUGGCAUUGAGCAAACUAGCAAGCCGCGUCGAUGCCUUACUGCAGGGGGAGCCAUGCCGCUUCCUCAGCCGCCUCUCUUGCCGGAGGUGGCAGCUCCUUGUUAGGGACUGGGAGGGCCCUUUCACAGCUGAGCUUUUCCACGCCUCUCACCGGCUGAAGGGAAGCCAGAGCCUCGCGUUGCCCAGUCCUUCCUGUUCCUACAUCCCGCCCCUUUGCCUUUCGCACCGCCGAGGUGUCUGCUGUUCCCUGGAACCCACCAACAUGCAGGUCUUCCAAUAUCCUGAAGUGUUUCGUGAGGAGACAUCAGUGCAAGAUUAUCAUGGCUGUAAGGUAUGUGAUCCAUACAUCUGGCUUGAAGAUCCUGAUAGUGAACAAACAAAGGCUUUUGUGGAGGCACAAAAUAAGAUCACAGUGCCUUUUCUUGAACAAUGCACAAUCCGAGGGCUGUUUAAAGAGCGCAUGACUGAACUGUAUGACUACCCCAAGUAUAGUUGUCAUUUCAAGAAAGGAAAAAGGUAUUUUCACUUUUAUAAUACUGGACUUCAGAACCAACGAGUAUUAUAUGUGCAAGAUGCCUUGGAUGCAGAUGCCAAAGUAUUUCUUGACCCAAAUAAGCUUUCAGAUGAUGGUACUGUGGCUUUGCGAGGUUAUUCAUUCAGUGAAGAUGGUGAAUAUUUUGCAUAUGGCUUGAGUUCUAGCGGGUCGGACUGGGUAACCAUUAAAUUUAUGAAAGUGGAUGGUGCCAAAGAACUUCCAGAUGUACUAGAAAUGGUAAAAUUCAGUUGUAUGUCUUGGACCCAUGAUGGUAAAGGCAUGUUCUAUAACUGCUACCCAAACCAAGAUGGGAAAAGUGAUGGAACUGAGACAUCGACAAAUCUGCACCAGAAGUUGUACUAUCAUGUCCUGGGAACUGACCAAUCAAAAGAUGUUUUAUGUGCUGAAUUUCCUCAUGAGCCAAAAUGGAUGGGUGGAGCUGAGGUAUCAGAUGAUGGGCAAUACAUUUUGCUCUCUAUACGACAAGGAUGUGAUCCAGUGAACAGACUGUGGUACUGUGAUUUACAGAAGGAAAAAUGUGGUAUUAAUGGUAUUCUUCAGUGGGUGAAACUGAUAGACAACUUUGAUGCAGAAUAUGAUUAUGUCACCAAUGAGGGGACUAUGUUCACUUUCAAGACGAAUCGUCAUGCUGCAAAUUAUCGAUUAAUUAACAUUGACUUUAGUGAUCCUGAAGAAAGCAAAUGGAAAGUGCUGGUUCCUGAGCAUGGCAGGGAUGUUCUAGAAUGGGUAGCUUGUGUUAGAUCCAACUUCCUUGUCCUGUGUUAUCUCCAUGAUGUAAAGAAUGUCCUCCAGCUUCAUGACCUAGCAACUGGUGCCCAUCUCAAGACACUUCCAUUGGACGUAGGCAGCAUAGUGGGAUACAGUGGCCAAAAGAAAGACAGUGAAAUAUUUUAUCAGUUUACAUCCUUCUUAUCACCAGGUAUUAUUUAUCAUUGUGAUCUCACCAAAGAAGAACUGGAGCCAAAAGUUUUCAGAGAGGUCACAGUGAAAGGAUUUGAUCCUUCAUGUUAUCAAACAGUGCAGGUUUUCUAUCCUAGCAAAGAUGGUACUAAGAUCCCAAUGUUUAUUAUCCACAAGAAAGGAAUAAAAUUAGAUGGGUCUCAUCCUGCAUUUCUUUAUGGUUAUGGUGGGUUCAACAUAUCUAUCACACCAAGCUACAGUGUUUCAAGACUUAUUUUUAUAAGGCAUCUUGGUGGUAUUCUAGCUGUAACUAACAUCAGAGGAGGAGGUGAAUAUGGGGAGACCUGGCACAAAGGUGGUAUCCUAGCCAACAAGCAAAAUGGGUUUGAUGACUUUCAGUGUGGAGCAGAAUAUCUUAUCAAACAGGGGUAUACUUCUCCAAAGAAGCUGACCAUUAAUGGAGGCUCAAAUGGAGGCCUACUAGUGGCUGCCUGUGCCAAUCAGCGCCCAGACCUCUUUGGCUGUGUUAUUGCUCAAGUAGGAGUCAUGGACAUGCUGAAGUUCCACAAAUUCACCAUUGGCCACGCUUGGGCAACAGACUAUGGCUGUUCAGAUUACAAAGAACAGUUCGAAUGGCUGUACAAGUAUUCUCCACUUCAUAACAUUAAAGUACCCGAAGGAGAUGGAAUCCAGUAUCCUGCCACAUUACUUCUCACAGCCGAUCACGAUGACCGUGUGGUGCCUCUUCAUUCCUUGAAAUUCAUUGCUACUCUGCAGCAUGUUGUAGGUCGAAGCCCAAAACAGAUCAAUCCUCUGCUCAUUCAUGUUGACACCAAGGCUGGCCAUGGUGCUGGAAAGCCAACUGCUAAAGUAAUAGAGGAAGUGUCUGAUAUGUUUGCCUUUAUAGCACGCUGCCUAAAUCUUGAAUGGAUAGAAUAGGUCAUAAUGGUCUCUGUUAGAAAUCAAGGGCUUUAACAUCACCUUAAAAACAGCAGCUAACCAAGCACUUGGUAUAGUACUUACAUUUAAAAAUGGCAGUUCCCAACUUCCAUCAACUUUGUAUCCUUUCUCUUCUGUUCAGCAUUUACUUGGCUUCUCAUUUUAGUUCCAGUCAUAUGUUCUAAAUAGCACGUGCUGAUAAAUAGAUGGAUUACAGAUGAUGCUGUUAUGUGGAUAUUUAGCGUGGUGGUGGUGGUGGUGAAUAUUUCAUACAGAAUGCUUUUACAUGUAAUUUUUCUCCUUGUAAAGAUUCAGCUCUCUUGUAAUUAAAUGUAAGUACUAUUCCAGUACAAACCAUGUUUUCUUUACAGUCACAAUAAAUUUUGGGAUUAUUGCCACUACUUCCCGAUUAAAAACUCUUUUCUUACAAA